AUGGAGUCCCCCCCAGUCCCAAAGAUUAAGCUUCCGACGAUAGAGCCUUUCGAUGGCACUAUAGAUCCGGAUGAUCACUUGUCAGCAUACAAACAUCAGAUGUAUGUUCAGGGAGUUGAUGAUGCUACAUGGUGCAAGAACUUUCCAGCUACGCUGAAAGGGGUAGCUCAAAAAUGGUUUAACAAUCUUCCGCCUAACUCGGUGAAUAAUUUCACUGAGCUUAGUAUCUUGUUUACUAGCCAUUUUGUCGCAAAUCGACAAGAGCAGAAGAACAACAUGCAUCUAGGAAAGGUUGUCCAAGGACCUAAAGAAGCCUUAAGAAGCUAUGUAAAGAGAUUUAAUCUGGAAGCAUUGCAGAUCCAGGAUCCGAAUGCGGGAGUGGCUUUUGACGCCUUCAUCAGAGGUUUAAGACCAGGGAGCUUUAAGUUCAAUUUGGUAAAGAAGAAGAUAUCCACCUUAACUGAGGCCGCUCAGGAGGCCGAGGCAUUUAUCCAUGCUACGGAAGUUUGUGCGAAAGAAAAACAUCCGGAAGCAAAGAAAAUUGAAGAAACCAUUCAGCCUAAGAAGAACCUCCCCAAGAAAGCUGAAACUUGGGAAGUGACUUCAAUGCCAACUUCAUCAAAACGAAGCAAGAUAACUGAGCCAGCAACAUCAGCUGAGCCUAUAGAGUUCAGUAAGGAUCAGUACUCCAUUCUCAUGGAAAUCAAAGAUCAAUACGAACUGAAGACGCCAACAGAAAUGAAGAUGGCUUACAGAAACAGAGAUAAAAGCAAGUACUUUCAUUUCCACAAAGAUUGUGGUCAGGAGACGAUCGAAUGUAAGCAUCUGAAAAGAGCUUUGGAAGACUUAGCUCGCAAGGGUAAGAUGAACUCUUAUUGA